AUGGCAUCGGAGCGGCAAAGGGAUGAAAUACUCGCACUUGAGUCAAUUUACGACCAUUUUUACAUGAAUGAGGAGCGAGGAACAGGAAUAAUCUCGAUAAAAACUGUUCUCGAAGAAGAUGUGACAGUGCGAUUCGAAGAAUCUGAAAUCAAAGUGUCUCAUUUGCCCCCGAUAUCGCUCAAAGUCAACUUGCGAAAAGAAUAUCCAGAGACUCUGCCGCCUCUUCUUACUCUUUCCUGCUCCUGGCUAGGGACCGACAAGCUCGAGAAGCUUCAUGAUCUUCUUCUGGACGCAUUCGAAGAAGAUACAGAAGUACUUUUCCUCUGGAUUAAUUUGAUUCAAGAUGAGCUUUACGAAGCCCUUGAGCUGUCAGAAGGCGUGGUAAUCGAAAGAAUUCAAAAGAACACGGUUAAAAAGCUCGAAUCUGGAAACAUUCUUCGAUCAGAAUACAGAGACGGCGCGUCAAUGUUCGCUAACUUGAUCGAUUACAAUUCAAAUACGAAGAAGCAAGAGUUCAAUUCAAAAUACGCCGACUGCGAAAUCUGCUUAACUUCAAAACAAGGAUCAAAAUGCGAGCUCCUUUCCUGUGGGCACAUUUUCUGCAGAGAGUGUCUUGGCGAGUUCUUCAAAGUGAUGAUUACGGAAGGCACGGUUCUAGCGCUCAAGUGUCCUCAUUGUGGAGAAGCAGUCGCCUACAGUAUCCUCAAAGAUUGUGUCUCGAAAGAGCUGUUUGAUCGAUUCGAGCAGUUGAUGUUUCAGAAGGGCCUCGAUGGAAUGGACGACAUCGCUUACUGUCCAAGACCGAGCUGUAGAAUGCCAAGUAUUAUUCUCUCGAAGGAAGAUCGAAUCUGCAUGUGUUCUGUUUGCCAGUAUGCGUUUUGCAAUCUUUGCUUCCGCUCCUCGCAUUUUCCUGCGCCCUGCCCCGUCAAUUCGAAAGAAGCGAAAAAGAUAAUUGCGGAAUACGAAGAAGCUGAAAAAUCGGGAGAUAAAAAGAAGGUCAAAGCAUUGAUGGAUAGAUACGGGAGGAAUAUUUCGACAAUUGUUGAACAACACAAGAGCAUGGCUUUUAUCCGCGAAAAUUCCGUCCCGUGUCCAAAAUGUAAUCAGGCAAUCAUCAAGUCUGAUGGCUGCAACAAGAUGGUUUGCGGCACUUGCGGGACCUACUUUUGCUACUUGUGCGGUCGCAUCGUUGAUCGAGCAAAUCCAUACUCUCAUUUUAACUCGAACAAUUCGCAGUGCUUUGGCAGGCUUUUUGAAGGGGCAACGAUGGACGAUCUUGGCGAAUAUUUUGACCUCGUAAUGUAA